CCAGGGAUCACUCGCUGUUUUGUUGUUUCGAAAGAGCCGCUGCUGGUUGCUGGUUGGACGGAGGGCUGAUGAUGCCACCGAACCUCCACCGCACCGGCGGAGGCAGAAUGGAGUGCGAGUGAGGAAGGAAAAUCUUUUUUCUACUACAAUGUGUUACGCAACUGGUGUGCUAUAUGCGUGGCACAUCGAUACAUACUCCGCACGUACGCGGAAUGUGUGUGUGUGUGUGCCGCGCUACCCACCAACCCAUCCUUCGCCCGUCUCCACUCAUUUGUCGUCGGAAGCUGCAGUUCUUUGCGUCGUUCUACAGCUUUGACUGUCAGCAGAGCGCAGGUACGCUUCGGGCGCUUGCCCUGCCUUGCUUGGCUUUGGCGUGGCUCGGGCUAGGUUGCCUCGUCGAUUGAUCGGGCUGGCCUGGCAGGUGCCCAUCACUGUCGGCUGGUGACGAGCUGGGGCCCAAAUACAGCGGGGUCUCGUGGAGGGGCUUUGGGAGGGUGCAGGGCAGGGCAGGGCGAGCGCGCGCAGUCGGAAGGAGUUCGGUGGGGGAGCGGGGCGUGCGGGCUGGCGGGCGGAUGGACGGACGAGCGGCAGGCGGGAGGGUGUGCGAUCAGGUGUGCGAUCAGGUGUGCGGGUUGUCUGGUACGAGGGGCGGGACGCGCUGCGGUCGUCGAAGACAUUCAAGGGCGCUUUCUUCAUCAACUUGAAAUUAGCCUGGGGUGAGGUGUUGUUAGGUGGGACUCUUACACGUUCGUGUUGUGCUGUGCCGUCCCGUCCUGUGCUAUGCUGUGCCCCGUUGUCUUGCCGCACUCUGUCGUUGGUCGUGCUCGAUCGAAUCGCAAGCGAAGCUUCGUAUUCUGCGCUAGUCUUACCUCUUCGCUCGUCUGUCACUCUCGCGCCCUCCCGUUCUCGCACUGUCUCUCUUGCUGAUGCGUGCAUGGCGCGUUGCCUCUGACGCAUGGGGGCGCUUCGCAAUCAUCGCCUGCUUCACUCAGCCCCGUGGUAAGGAACUCGUCGUCGUAGUCGCACGCGAUAUUCGCCAUGGUCCACCAUCCUUGUGCUGAACUUUUUGUUGCCCUUUUUGAUCUUCACUCCGUUUGUUGUUGCCAAGUCGUCGUUCUCUAGUCGCCCCUAUAUUUGAUUGGCCGUCUAGAGGUGGGGGUUCGUCGGAGGCAGGUGUGUCCCUUGCGGCGGCCGCGAUGGUGGUGGUGGUGUAGGGUGUUGGUGUUUGCCAGUUGCACUGCUUCACGGUUGAGUCCUACUAGUAGUCGUCAAGCACUGCAGUCUCGGUGAGUAAUCGGAAGUCUGGUCUGACUAUCGUGGUCGCGUGUGUGCUCGGGGGUGUCCGGGUUGCGUGAGGCCGCGCGCGCUGCUGGUGGACAACAUGGCGGAGCGCGAGCAACGGCUGGAUGAAGGGGCAUACCAGCCCGAGCAGCCUGUCCUCUGCGCUAACAAUUGCGGUUUCUUCGGAAAUCCGAUGUGCAUGAAUCUCUGCUCAAAAUGCUAUCGCGAUUACACGGAGCAGCAGAAGGCGGCCGCUUCGAUAGAGCAGGCGGCGACGGAAGGGGCGAUUGCAGCCGAGGAGGCAAACGCCGCGAAGCAACGAGGAGGCGAUCAUAUGAUGGUGUCUCCGAGCGGAAGCGAGAGCACUUCAGGGAGCUCGUCUUCAAGAGCUAUGGUGACGGAGUCUUCAGCUGGCCCAUCCACGUCCUUGCAGGAGCAGCAGCAAGUGCCCUCUAUCCAUGGAGAGCGUCAGAGUAGCGAGCUGCAGCAGGUGCGGGAUGAACGAGGUAGCGCGGCCAUGGAAGGCGGCAGUGUGGCCAUGGAAGGAGUGGCGACUUCCUCCGGAAUGUCAGAAGAUUCUCUGCCGGAGCGCAAGGUGAGAAAGCAGAGGAAUCGCUGCUUCUCGUGCAACAAGCGAGUAGGGCUGACUGGCUUCCCGUGCCGAUGCGGCUACGUCUACUGUGCAGUUCACAGGUAUUCCGACAAGCACAAUUGCGCCUACGAUUACAAAGCAGCAGGGCGCGACGCGAUCGCAAAGGCGAACCCCACGGUUGUGGCAACGAAAAUCGAGAAGAUUUGAGGGGGGGGUGGGGGGACGCGGAUGGGGUUUGGCGAAACACAGGAAGAAGAGCAGACGAUAGAGGAGGGGAGAAAAUGCAGCCCAAAGCGGACGAAUGAAUACUGCAAGCGAGGUUUAGGAUUGGGCGAAGUGGCACUGAAGGGUUAGUCGGGGACGGGUCUUGUCAGGGGAGGGGGGGUGGGGGUGGACGGAAUGGGCUGGUAAGACAGGUCGUCUUUCCGGGGGAGUCGAGGACGGGUCUAGGAGCGGGGGAUAAGUGAAAUGGGGUUGGCAAGACCAUGUUGUCUUCUCGUAGGUAGCGGGGCAAGGGUCUGGAGUGAGAGGGGACUUGACGAAGAGGGGUUUGUUGCGGACGAGUGGAAGACACACGGAGCCGAACGAGCACAUCUGGCAAAAGCAGUUAAAGCUGUUCUAUGCGGGGUGGUUCGGGUGUCUGUUUUCACGGUUACGUUUUGACGUGUGAGGACGCAUCUGUAACCGGCAGGGCAGGGAGGUGGUUGAUUGGGUGAUGGGGGCUGGCAUGGUCUGUGUUUUUAGGCAACUUAGAAGAAGAAUAGUCAGUCUGGAUGAUGUGUUUUUGCAGUGGUGUAUAUACGGUUCUUUGUUUUUGUUGAUUUCGUUUUCCUUGAUGAUGCAGUGACUCGGCUACAACAGUGUGGGGUGGUGGCUUGGAUAUUUGUAUUACGAUCAGCCGAGCACUAAGUGAUGAUGAUGAUGUUGAUGACGAUGAUGAUGAUGAUGAUGGAAAGAAAAGCCAGAGCUAUGUCUACGGCAAUGCUCAGUGAUUGUGCACACGUAUCGAUGAACCAGUGGUUGAAGGCAGUGAUUGUUGUGCACACGUAUCGAUGAACCAGUGGGUGAAGGGUGGGUGGAUGAACAGGUCGUGGAAUUGCAUGAUGGAUGCAUAAGAUGGAUAACAAUGUUCUCGGGUGUGGAAUCUGUAUGCCGCUGCGUAUCGCGUGUUUGUGUAAUGGCUUAAGACGUCCGCCAUGACUGUUUCUUUCUGCUGCCAACGCAUGUUAAGAUGACCUGAUGCUCGUCACUUUACGCCGCUCACUCGCAUGUUUUUCGUUCUGCAGAAGUGCUGUUCGAGGUGCGUAGGUGUUCGUUUUUCAUGGGGGUAUAUAUCUUGUCGUGUCUUUAUCAUGUCAAUCAUAGCGCAGCUGAAGGCGGGAGUCCUGCACACACUUGGGAGUCUUCAUGAGAAGCGUUUUCAAUAUUGGGGGGUUAACAAUGGCGUGCAGAAGGAACUGAAUUUUGUACGGUCCAGAAAAAAGAACUGCAAUGAUAUGACUAGUAAUGUUGUUGUGCAAAGUUUAGGGCAAGUGCGUUGUUUGAACGUUGCGAAGGUGGUUUCUUGUUUAUGGGCGUAUUUGAAAAACGACUGUAUGGAAUGUCUUUAGCAGGCGCUAAAUCGCUUUUUGGAGCCGGGCGGUUGUUCUGCCCCGUCGAUUAGCUCUUGGUUGGAUAGUGUUCGACUCCUCUUCAGUUCGUCAAAGGCGCACCGGUUCUCUGCCCGCUCGCGCAGCGUUUGCCUUGGUUGGAUAGUGUUCGACUCCUAUUCAGUUCGUCAAAGGCGCACUGGUUCUCUGCCCGCUCGCGCAGCGUUUGCCUUCGUAGUUUACGACUCCUUUUAAGCUCCUCGCCAGAGGCGCUCUGGUUCUCUCUGGUUGGAAGUUUUUCGUUCUUUAUGAAUUUUCGAGUGGGUUUAUCGAUCAGUCCGUCUCCCGGGCAACACGAAUUGAUAUGAAGGAGAGGAGUGGGUGACUUGUUUCGCCGACGUAGGCCUGCGUCACUGUGUGUGGACCUCGUAAGCACUCUUAGGCAGAAGGUCGGGUUCUGGCUUUGCGUUGGCCCCGUUGUGGCACUACAUGUAUGCGUAGUUAGUUGUACGGUUGUUUCCCCAGCUGCUCUCCCAAUGGAACUUGUGGAAGCCACAAAGCAUGUUGGAUGGUGGACGGUCCGAUAAUGCUUUCGACGAGUGAUUUUACCGUC